CCCCCCCCCUUUUUUUUUGUCUAAAAUCCAGGCGGAACGGAGCGGCGGAGCUAAGGCUUUUCCAGAGGGAAGGUUGCACCGCGGCGCAGGGGCCGGUUUGUGUGGUGUGAGUGGAGCGGCCAAGAGGAAGGAAUCAUGAGUGAAUUCCGAAUCCACCACGAUGUCAAUGAACUGCUCAGUUUGCUUCGAGUUCGUGGGGGUGAUGGAGCUGAAGUGUAUAUUGAUCUCCUUCAAAAAAAUAGAACUCCAUACGUCACAACUACUGUCUCUUCCCAUAGUGCAAAGGUAAAAAUAGCGGAGUUUUCAAGAACUCCCGAGGAAUUUCUUAGGAAAUAUGAUGAGCUGAAAUCAAUAAAUGUUCGGAACGUGGAUCCAUUGGUUUACCUGUUAUCAAAACUUACCGAAGAUAAAGAGACGCUGCAGUACUUGCAACAGAAUGCCAAGGACAGAGCAGAACAUUCAUCCAAUGUCUUAGCUAGCAGUAGUGCAACAUUCAGCGUCCCGACGACAACUGCCAAGCUCUCUAUUCAAGAACUUGAAGAACUCCGAAAACAGCUUGGUAGUGUCACUACCGCUUCAAGUUCACAACAGCCGCUUGAAGUAGUCCGAAAGCUCCUUCGGGACAAGCACAGCAAGAGAAAUCCAGGGCUGAUUAUCCCACAUUUCCCACCAUGGGUGUAUGAAAGACCAGCUCUUCUGGGGGACUUCAUAAACAGCUCCAGUCCGAUCACUGAGACUGUAGUUUCUAUAGGAACUGUAGCACUUGCUGUGCAAGAGCAAAUGAUAGUUGAAGACUUGCUGUACGUUUUGAUUGGGGUAGAUGGGAAGUACAUCACAGCACAGCCAUUGAUGGGAAGACAGAGUCGAUCCUUUGCUGUUGACCCCACGCUAGACAUGUCUGUUAAAGAACUUGUAAAUAGGAUUCUUCCAAUAGCAGCAAGCUAUUCCUCUGUCACCAGGUUCAUUGAAGAUAAGUCCUCCUUUGAACACGGUCAGGUAAACCAUGCUUUGGCUGCAGCCAUGCGGACACUUGUGAAGGAGUACAUGAUCCUCGUGACACAACUGGAACACUUACAGCGACAAGGGCUGCUCUCGUUACAGAAACUUUGGUUUUAUGUUCAGCCAACCAUUAGAACAAUGGAGAUCUUGGCUUCAAUAGCUACUUCUGUGGAGAAAGGAGAAUGCAUGGGAGGAUCAACACUAAGUGUGCUCCAUGAUCGGACUUUUAACUACACAGGAGACAGUCAGGCACAAGAGCUAUGUCUCUACCUGACUAAAGCAGCCAGUGUUCCUUACUUUGAAAUUUUAGAGAAGUGGAUCUACAGGGGAAUCAUACAAGAUCCUUACAGUGAGUUCAUGGUGGAGGAACAUGAACUGCAAAAGGAGAAAAUUCAGGAGGAUUACAAUGACAAGUACUGGGAUCAGAGGUACACUAUCAUUCAGCACAGAAUCCCUUCAUUUCUGCAGAAGUUGGCUGAUAAGAUACUUAGUACAGGAAAAUAUCUUAAUGUUGUUCGAGAAUGUGGUCGUGAUGUGACCUGUCCCGAUGCCAAGGAAGUGAUCUAUACUCUGAAGGAAAGAGCAUAUGUGGAACAAAUUGAAAAAUCUUACAACUAUGCCAGCAAGGUUCUAUUAGACUUCUUAAUGAAGGAAAAAGAACUCCUGGCACGACUCAGGUCAAUAAAACACUACUUCCUGAUGGACCAAGGAGAUUUCUUUAUCCACUUCAUGGACCUUACAGAAGAGGAGCUGAAAAAGUCAGUAGAUGAUAUCAUUCCCACCAGACUGGAAGCCCUGCUGGAGCUAGCACUGAGAAUGAGCACUGCCAACACUGACCCAUUUAAAGAUGAUUUGAAGAUUAAUCUUAUGCCACAUGACCUCAUCACUCAGCUUCUGCGGGUUCUGGCUAUUGAAACCAAACAGGAAAAGGCUAUCAUCAACGCAGAUCCAACAGAGAUUGCUCUUAGUGGCCUGGAAGCUUUCUCCUUUGAUUAUGUUGUGAAAUGGCCACUUUCGUUGAUUAUAAAUAGGAAAGCUUUAACUAGGUAUCAAAUGCUCUUCAGACAUAUGUUUUACUGCAAACAUGUGGAACGGCAGCUGUGCAAUGUGUGGAUCAGUAAUAAAGUUGCAAAACAGUAUUCAUUACACUCUGCUAAAUGGUUUGCUGCAGCUUUCACUUUGAGACAGCGAAUGCUGAAUUUUGUGCAGAACAUUCAGUAUUACAUGAUGUUUGAGGUUAUGGAGCCGAAUUGGCACAUUAUGGAAAAUAAUCUAAAAUCCGCAUCCAACAUUGAUGAGGUUUUGAGCUAUCAUACCAGUUUUCUGGACAACUGUAUGAAGGACUGUAUGUUGACCAAUACGGUGCUGCUGAAGAUCUUCUCAAAACUUAUGUCAGUGUGCGUCAUGUUUACCAACUGUAUGCAGAGGUUUACUCAAAGCAUAAAGAUUGAUAGUGAGAUGAUGCGUUUGACACUGGAACAUGGUACAAUGAAGGGUCCGCCAACUCAGUCAGAACGAACUGAAGAGACUGAAAAGAAAAGGCUCACCAAAAAGUUUGUAGCAGAGCAUGCCGAUGCAUUGCAUUCGACAUCUGGGUUCGAGAGUACAAUUAACACGUUUGACAACAAUUUCUCUUCUAAUCUGCUUGACCUGCUGGACAGAUUAAGCAUUUCAAGUACAAAUGACUGCGAGCACAGUAUGAUCAAUAUAAUAUACAGGUUAGAUUUUAAUGGAUUCUACACUGAGCGCCUAGAACACAUGUCUGGAGAAAGAAGUAAAUCGCAGGGUCCGCAAGGAAUUGUUACAAGAGCAGCUUUAUCGGCUCAAUAAAGUGCUAGACAUGUCUUAUGGUAGAUUUACCAUCAUAAUAACCAAUGACUGCAAAACAAAAUUGGUAUAUAGGUGUGUAAUAACUGAGGCUACUAGAAAUUCAUACUCUGCUAUCUGAGUUUUCAAAUAUGUAAUUAGAUUAUUUUGAAGUUUUUGUGAAUAAGAUCCAUUUGUUAAUACUAUGUUAGUUUGCGACCAGCUGUCAGAAAAAAAAAAGUAAAAUGGAGUUAUUUUUGUGUUCAAUAUUUCUGAGCAAUGAGGGGCUGGUGUGAAUUCUAGCCCAAGGAGAUUUGUACCCAAAGCAGUCUGUCUGCUCUCCCUGCUCAUCCCCUCCUCAUGACUAUGUUGCUAUUCUCAGAUAGGUGUCAUGCAAUUGGGAGAAAGGAAGCAAAAGGAGGUGGGGGGGGGAGACAUCAGCCAAAUGGAAGCUACCCCUGUCACUUCAGUGUAAGUAGAAGCUGAGCCUGGUCUGCUCUGAUCCCAGCUGCAGGAGUGGGCCAUACCCACUCAUCUCUACUUGUUAAAGAGAUUAACAGAGAGGAUUAAAAUGGAAAGCAGGCAAGAGAGGGGAAUCUAAGAGUAAUGUUGACAUUUCUAAACAGUGUUAUGUUGAGUGCAGGAAUGUGUAAAUGGGGUGGUAUGUUUUUUCAAAAGCUGAGAAUUUCAGAUUUUUAUUUUAAAGUCAUAGUGCCUUCAGUCAUUUCACUUUAUCUACACCCUGCACUUCAAUUUUUAUUAUAUUUAGUAUAUCUGAUUAACAGUCUGUAAUAAAUUUUUCAAUAUGAAACACAA